CAUAGAUUUAGACAUAUUGUGAAAACAGAUCGGAGAGUUUUUACAUACAUUCGCUCCAAUCUUUCCCUUUCUCUGUGUGUCAAUUUGUCAAGUUCAUAAAAUUACAGUUUUUGUAGUAAGCACAAUUUGAAAAUAAUUUUGGCCCGGCGACUUAACGAAAUUCAUGGAGAAAGAUCUGGACUUUUUGAUCAACGCAUUGUCGCAGCCCAAUUCCCCACUAUGGGUGACCUAUAGUCCGGCUCAGAUAAGGGAAAUGCGUGAAUCCUUUGUCAAGCUGCAGGAUCUACUGCGUCACAAUCCCUUGUAUGUGGAGCGUGCGCCAUGUCAUCCAGUCCGCUUCAAGGCCGGCGGGAAUACAGACUUUAGGCCCAUGGCCAAAGAUAUGCCGCUCACAGUGCCACAUAUGAACAUGCCCAGCGAUGCGAAGGAAUCAUUAACAGUCCUAGUGUCGGAGUCGACAUCAAUGGAGAGCUUCAGCGAUUCGCCCUCGCUGAUUAGCAGCAGUUAUCUGGGCGGCAGCCAAGAAACACAAAGCAAUGACAAACAAGAGCUGGCCACGCAGGGUGAUGACGAGAGGAGCACGACGGAUAACUUUCUGGCACUGGUGCCCUAUCAGCAGGAGCCCAGCCAAGAGCUGGUGCGCUACGAACCGCCCUACGAUGAGUAUGAUUCUGACUCUGAUACGCUACGAGGCAGUUCCAGCUGUGACUCUGUAUCUGGCUCCGGCGCCAGAUCUACGGGCAGCUCAUCCGUCGGUGAGGUGUCCAUCAGUAUACCCAUGCAAAUGGAAUAUGUGUGGCAUAACGUGGACUACAAGGCGGACAGCACCGACAGCGAUAUGACCAUCAUUGCGGAUGGCUAUAAUUAUAUUUUGAGCAGCUAACAAGUAAACCGCUUGAAAAGAUCAGGAUCAUCAUUAAAUUAAAUUGCAUCGCUUGAUACACCUUACUUUUAUGAUAUAUAUGUAUAUUUAUAUAUUCCGCAAAGGACUCAUUCUCGGCUCAGUAAAAGUGAUUAAAAACAGAAAUUUUAAUUGAAAA